GUCAAACACCAACUAUUUGUAUAUAUAUAUAGUGGAGUAGCCAGAUAAUUUGGAGAAGUUUGUUGUGAGCCCAUCCCAUCCCAUCAUGGACCAUCGUCAAAAAUCACAGGCAGAAUCAGAGGAAGAAGGAGAAGCAGAGGCAGUGAUAAUAGGAGGGAUGGUGUUAGAUAUACAUGCCACUCCUUCUAUUUUACCUAACCCCAGAACUACUUCUCCUGGCAAGGUGCGCUAUACAGCAGGUGGUGUAGCCAGGAACAUUGCGGAGUGUGUAUCAAAGCUUGGAACCAAGCCUUGCAUGAUAAGUGCAUUAGGAUUGGAUAUGUCAGGAAGUUUUCUGUUGGAUUACUGGAAAUCUGCGGGAUUAUCCACCAAAGGCAUUCGUGUGGGAAAUGAGAUAGAGACUCCAGUUGUAUGCAUUGUCUUCGAUACUGAAGGAGAACCAGCAGCUGGUGUUGCAAGUGUUGAAUCACUUGAACGGUAUCUUACACCGAAGUGGAUUGUACAGUUUAAAUCUACUAUAGCAUCUGCUCCUAUUGUGAUGGUUGAUGCAAAUUUAAGUCUGCCAGCGCUUGGAGCAGCUUGCCGAUUGGCGGCAGAGGUCAAUACCCCAGUGUGGUUUGAGCCUGUAUCUGUAGCAAAGUCGAGAAGAGUUGUUUCAGUUGCCAAGUAUAUAACCUUUGCUUCACCUAAUGAAGAUGAGUUGAUUGCCAUGGCAAAUGCUCUCUCAUCUAAAGACACAUUCUCUCCAAUUCAAAAGGAUGUGCACACUGUAGCAUCUCUGUUUCAACAGUUAAAACCGGCAAUCUGGGUUUUGCUCGAAAAGGGCAUUAAAGUGGUGGUCUUAACUCUCGGUUCAAAAGGGGUAUUGUUAUGUACUAAAGGACGCUUUGACUUUCAACAUAUUGGACCAAAUAGAAACAAUAAGUUACAUAAUAUUGGCAAGAGGUUGCAUGAAACAAUAAAUAACGUAUGCCCACCAGACCGGUUUUUUAGUGCAUUAAAGCUUGAAGGAAGCUCAAGUAGUAGCCCCUAUGUUGUGCAUUUUCCAGCGGUUUCAUCUGCAUCAGUUGUGAGGCUAACAGGAGCUGGUGAUUGUCUAGUUGGUGGCUCAGUUGCUUCCAUUUGUGCCGGUUUAGAUGUAAUGCAAAGUAUUUCAGUUGGAAUAGCAGCUGCUAAAGCUACCGUUGAGGUCGAGACAAACGUACCCACCGAGUAUAGUUUGGAGCAAAUCGCGGCUGAUGCAAGAUCAGUGUACACCAGUGCCAAGGUUGUUUUUUGUCAAUCCAUGUUAUAAAACUACCUCUUUGGAGCAGGGUCACAUAAGCCAUUUUUUGAAUGUUGAUGUCAACGUUAUAAGGGAGCUCUAUUCUCAAUCGUCAUCAACCACAUACUGUCUGAUAAUUGCCAUAGGGUGUUGGGAUAAUUGAAAAACAGUUCGAUUGUAUUGUACCAUCGAUCUUUCUAUUAAUCUUGAUGUACGAUUUGUCCAAUUAUAUCCAAUGGUCUCAUUCCAUUGUCA